UUUCUACCGCUCAUUGGGUUGGUCUCCUCCUCCCUUGUCUCUGUAUUUUCCUCCUCCUCUGCUUCCUCCGUCCGUUCUGUCCUCCAUUGUCUUCUCUGUGGUUCUCAGGGGCCGGGCAGCAGAUGGAAAGCUAGUUUGUGCUGCGUGUUUUUUAAUAUGAUAAUAUAUUCGGGGGGGGGAUGUUGUGGGGGUCUCUUACGCCUCUUUGCAUUGUGCUGGUAUGGGAACGUGUCUGUGACCUGACCGUCUUCAGUCGGAUGUUGACUCCUUGUGGGUUUUGAGUUCUUCGGGGAUGUGAAGUGAAGGCAAAGAGAAAGACAAGAGAGAGUGCGUACAGACAGACAGACAGAGAGAGAGAGACGGACAGAGAGAGAGACAGAGGAAGAGCGAGGUAUAGAACAGACCGAAAACAAAGGAGGAGAAGCAUCGGAGAAGCAGGAGGUGGAUUUUUGUUGGUUUCGUGUAGAACAGCCAUGGAAACAUCGUAUGAUGACACUGAAGAUGAACGGCAGGAGAAACAAGGUUGUUUCGAGUGCUGUAUUAAAUGUCUGGGCGGCGUUCCGUACGCAUCGCUCGUGGCCACCAUCCUGUGCUUCUCAGGUGUGGCGCUCUUCUGCGGCUGCGGUCAUGUCGCCCUCACGGGCACCGUCACCAUCCUGGAGAAUCACUUUUCCAAGAUCACCACCGAUCACGCCAUGCUGACUGACAUAGUUCAGCUCCUGCAGUACGUCAUCUACGGCAUCGCUUCGUUCUUCUUUCUGUACGGGAUCAUCCUGCUGGCCGAGGGAUUUUACACCACCAGUGCAGUGAAAGAACUCCACAGCGAGUUUAAGACCACCAUCUGUGGCCGCUGCAUCAGUGGAAUGUUUGUGUUUCUGACGUAUAUCCUGGGCAUCGCCUGGCUGGGUGUCUUCGGCUUCUCUGCAGUACCUGUGUUUCUUUUCUACAACAUGUGGUCCACCUGCGCCGCCAUGCGCUCACCGGUGGCUAACCUGACGUCUAUCGAGAGCAUCUGUGUGGACGUGCGUCAGUACGGGAUUAUUCCAUGGAACGCAACACCAGGCAAAGCUUGCGGCUCCACUCUGGGAGACAUCUGUAACACCAGUGAGUUCUACCUGUCUUACCACCUGUAUAUAGUAGCGUGUGCAGGAGCAGGUGCCACAGUCAUCGCUCUGCUCAUCUACAUGAUGGUCACCACGUAUAACUUUGCUGUUUUGAAGUUUAAGAGUCGAGAAGAUUGCUGCACAAAAUUUUAACUCGUGUCUCACUUUACUGAAAUGAACUAGAACCCCUCACCUGAUGGACUAAACAAACAGCAGCCAGUGUCAUGUGUAAAUAUAGCGCUGUAUAGAGAUGUCUGUGCCAUCACCACACAGUGUUCUUUUAAAACUGAGACUUCAUAUCAGACGAUCAAUAAGAUCACCAUCACAGGUCAGUGUUCUGGAAGUGUCUGUCGUCUUCGGUUGCUCCACAGAAAGUCUAAAGAUCAUCAGCUUAAACUCCUUCAUUAUUGUUGAGUUCUUUUCUGAAGCAGUGAACUCGUAUGGAGGAAGUGAAGAAGACUCGCACUUCUGGAACUCGACUGUGACGCUCUACUAAGAGAAAUAAUGUUUUUUAGAAAUGUGCUGGUGUUUUCUUCUUUUAACCCCGUUUAUACACUUUUCAUUUCUUUGCUUUUCUCAUGUAUGUUGAUUUUUUAGUUUGUUUACAUUGAGGACAGACUCGGUAAUAAGAUGUCACUAUUCACAGUCUUCAUGUUUUACUGCGGUUGAUGCCACGUACGUUUGGUACUAUUCUGUUAAACACACACACACACACACACACACAUAGUGUUCCUGUCAGAUAAUAAAUCUCGUGAUGUCAUGAAAAGACUCGCUCAUAACAGCGUCUGCUUCCGCUAUUAAUCAUUAAAAAUAAUAGAAAAGAACACAUAGCUCGUGAACUCACACAUGUUUGUGCCAAACACUAUAUAUUUGACAUUUUUGAGUUUUCAGCUUGUUUCAGUGAGUUAGGGUGUACAGCAAAGCACUAAGCCGUGAAAAACUGAAUUACAGUGAUUUACCCCUUUAACCGCGGUAAACACCGUGAAGCAUGACCUGAUGUGCCUUAUUGCUGUAUUAUCAACUCGAUGUUCUGAGUCUAAAUUCUGAUUGGAUGAAAAACGUUUCAAGUUGUUUAAAGCCAAUAAACACACACACACCUGGGAUCUGUGCACAAAUGUAUUCAAGUUACAUUGCUUAACAAAACUCACACAACCUAGAGAGAUUUGUGUGAAUCGGAUAAUAAUAAAAGAUUUCAUAAUAAAACGGCAUCAAUCACAAUAAAGUGAAGCAUCAAAGAUGAAUAUUUUUGUUUAUUAAAACAAUAAAGGGCUUGAGGACUGAUGCAGUGAUUUUACCACGAUAAAGGGUGUCGUUAAAUGAAAAUUCUGCCAUUAGUUACUCGCCCUCAAGUAGUUUAACAUCCCUAGGACCUCCGUUUUCCCCCAGAACGCAAAUGAAGGUAGUUUUAGAAGGAAGCUUUCUGACUCCUCCAUAGAUUGCAACGCAACCACACAUGAGCCACACGACAGUCGCUCGACGCAUGCGCAUUCUGACCACACAGGCUCUACGUCAGGACACGCAUGCGCCGAGCGAUGCUGACACCGGAUGCACUGUCGUGUGGCUCUCGGGAACACUCAAAUCAGGAAGUUCUUGAAUGUAGUCGUUAGUUUUGUUUGUUUGCGCACGAAAAGUAUCCUCGUCGCAUUAUAUGAAUUUAUACUGAACCACCGGAGUCGCGUGGACUAUUUUACGAUGUCUUUACGCGCUUUCAGUGCUUUAAAGUUUGGUUGCAUUGCAAUCUUCUAUGGAGGAGUCAGAAAGCUUCCUUCUAAAGCUGCCUUCAUUUGCGUUUGUGGGAAAAUGGAGGUCCUACAGAUGUUAAACUGCUUGAGGGCGAGUAAUAAAUGGCCGAAUGUUUGGUCGGAGUUCCCCUUUAAGUGUGUUGUAGGCGGUAUCAGGGGUGAGGUGUGUGUUUGUCUGCACUUUGCUGCUCAUCCAAUCAGAAUUUCGAGGCGGGGCUUUGAUUUUGAACUCACUUUGCGUUUACACGCGUUCAGAUUCACUUGUGUUAAUCCAGUGUCAGUGUUAUACAGCGUGUUUAAUGUUUAUAAUGUCCCAUAUGUAUAGAUGUUCUAAUAUUUUUUUGAUGGAGACGUGAUGCUGCUUAUAUUCCAGGAUCACGUGCGUGUUUGACAAUUUCUUCUGUUAGUUUGUACGUGAUCAGAAUUAACAGACUGCAUGCUUCACUUCACCUAAAGGUUAUUUCAUAUGACCGUAAGAUUUCAGUCGCUGUAGUUGAAUCUUUCUAUAAAAGAAAUAAAAAGAUACGUUGUGUA